AUGGUGAAGGAAGUAGGGUACCAUGAUAUUCUAGGAGUGGAGCCCGAUGUUCUUGCUUCUGAGAUUAAGAAAGCUUAUUAUAUUAAGGCAAGGCAAGUGCACCCAGACAAGAAUCCCAAUGACUCUCAAGAAGUACAUAAUUUUCAAAUGCAUGGAGAAGGCUUUAAGAACCUUCAGGAAAAUGGGAUGGGCAGGUGUAUUGCCGAAUCCUCCCUGCCAUGGCGUGGUAUAGACAAGAUGUCCGUUGGAGAUAGAGACCAUGGAUGUGGUGGUCAUUUGGGGACUCAAUGGAAUCCUUGUUCCAAGGUUGUGGAAGAGGCACGCCAUGAGGAGCAGCAACAUGUUAGGUAUGAGGAAAAAGAGAAAGAUGUAGAUACAGUUCUAAAUUUGAUCAAUACUCUUCAGGAGCUUUUUGUACAAUUGGGAACUAGGAAGGAGGAGCUUCAUCAUGCUAGACCAGUGGAUGGAGUUGUGAAUCAAGGAAGAGGAGAGGAAGCAGUGUUCGAUUAG